AUGCUACGACUCGGACUUAAGGGCAGUGGGGGCCUCAAGCCCGAAGUGGUUACCCUGGCAAGGAAGCGUGCCGGGUUAUACUUGGACGAAAGCAGAAAAUGGCCUAUUCGGACUGCUCCGCACGGAGACAGCAACAGCGGUGUAUCAUACAGUCUGAUAUUUGCCGCUCGCUCCACAUGGUUUUGUCAGCACUCUACUGUGGAUCCUCUUGGCUUGAGUCAUGUUCUGUUAGAAUCACAGCUCCUACGGCAGCGGGCCGACUCGCUGUCGAAUGGCAAACAAGCCACCCACUUUCUGCUUUUCCCAUUCGACAUGUUUGCCCUGAGAAGAAGAUUCGAGCAAAAAACCUCAACCCACGGACCCGCAACAUUCCCACCUGUUCUUGCUUUUCGCUGA